AUGUGGAUCAACUGCGGGAAACUCUCGGACUUCACGCAGGCGCGAUACGUGGUCCGUCUGACCACAGGCAAGAAGGUGGUCUUAUUCCGGCUCCCGACGAUCGACAGCUCAAGCUUGAAAGCCAAUGAGACCAAUGACGGCUGGUCAUACUACGCCAUGGAGGCAGAAUGCCCACAUGCUGGCGGUCCAAUGGCCGACUCUUCGGUUGACAUUGAGGACUCGGCGUAUGUCGUGUCGUGCCCGUGGCACGCAUACGAUUUCAACGUAGAGACCGGCGAAUCGAGCGUCGGAAUCAAGGCCUGCACGUUUCCUGUGGAUGUGCGUGGCGAGUUCGUUGCGCUGGAUUUCCCCGCCGAGGAUGGGGUCAGCGUCGGGCUUGCUAGUGUCGAUCCUGUCACUGAGAAAGUCAAGCUUAAGCACCCGCGACCUGCGGACAAGACCGUUGCUUCUCCUGCUACCACUCCUGCGGCUACUGCCAUUUCUGCUUCUGCUUCUGAGGGCCAAGACAAUCCCGGCAUGGCGACAUAUCUCGGCGACGACGCGACGUUGUGUGACUGGGCCGCCCACAUUCUCAAUACCGCUAAUCCGGAGCACAAGAUCGAGUUGGCUACGCAUCUUUUCUCUAUUUUCACUGCUCGGGAGGCUUCUGAUUCACCCAUGCCGCUUGGCCGGGGCACGGUUGCUGCGCCCGACCAGCCGCCGCGCGAGAAAAUGGAAACUGUUGACCCAGGCCACAUGCCCAAGGCGGGACGAGGCGGGACCUUAAAGAGCCGUAUCGCCAUGCUCCAUGCGCUAGCAAAUAUCGAACUGUGGGCUAUCGACUUGGCUAUUGAUAUCUGCAUUCGCUUUGCGACUUUCCAAACCGAGGGGACGCGCCAGGAACUCCCGCGUGCAUACUUCUACGACUGGCUGAAGGUCGCAAACGACGAGGCUAAGCACUUCUCCCUGCUCCGCACCAGACUCGAGGAGAUGGGAUCUAGCUUUGGUUCGCUCCCGGUACACCACAGUUUGUGGCUAUCGGCAACUGAAACUGCGUACGACCUCCGAGCGAGAAUCAGUAUUAUCGCUCUGGUGCACGAAGCACGCGGCUUGGAUGUUAACCCUAUGACGAUUGAGAAGUUCCGCAAAGCUGGUGACGGUGAGAGUGUGGCAACUCUGGAGAUUAUUCACAACGACGAAAUCACGCAUGUCACCACUGGUCAUCGGUGGCUGACGUGGAUCUGUGCCCAAGAGGGAACUGAUCCUGUUCAGGUCUUCCGGUCAAAUGUACAGAAGCAUUUCAAGGGUCCGAUCCGGGGACCAUUUAACGAAGAAGCGCGCUUGCAGGCUGGAAUGGACAAGCGCUAUUACGAGAACUCGUGUGCUCCCAGUGCGGGUAUUACAGCUUCAUGA